UCAAAUAAAAUAAUUCAACACCUUUAUUCUGACGUUUCACCUAAACAAGUGACGUCAUCACAAAAUUUAUAUUGAAUUAAAGACGUAAAAAAAACUUCCUGCCGCCAUAAUCGUUUUCACUAAGGCACGAGUUAUCUACAUAUAUUACAAAAUAUGUAUUAUACAUAUAUGUCAUAUCAAUUUAUAUAUGUAUUUUUAUAAAAUAAGUCCGAUAGUACCGGAGCUUGGUUUUGUUGAGUAAAAAAAUCUUAAUGUACAAAUAAAUGUAGACUUCUGUCGGAAUAGAAUUUUCAAAUUCAAAUAAUUGAAAAUAAUUUUCUAUUGAGUGGAAGAAACCAUAGUUUAAAUAGAAAAUAAAAAAAUAAAGUUCUUAGUUUACUAGGGUGAUGACAACUCUUAUAUUAGGAAUUGGAGUUGGUUUAUUUGUCAUUCUAACCUUAUGGUUAUCAGCUGCACUGAUAUUUGCAGUAUCGUUUAGAAUUGACAAAAAAGUAGGUGCUAUUGCUAUUACCGUUGCUGCAAUAAUUACAAUUAUUCUAGUGAGUGUGCCAAGAAGCUCUGAGUUUCCUUCUUCUUAUCAAGAAAAGCCUUAUGAUCAAUUAUUUGUCUGGAGAGUUAUUCUCCUUACUGUACUAGUUGGCUCUUCAUUAAUUGCUUUAUUUGGAUACGUCAAGUAUGAAUUAAUGGACUGCAAAAAACCUCAACGAAUUGUCAAUUGGAUUUACUGAAUAAAAAAAACACUAACUCCAAAAAUUAAGAAAUCGAUAUUUAGUAGGUAAUUAUUUUUUAAGAUUUCAAGUGAUAAAAUUUAGUAAUUAUACUGAAUCAAGCUCAAUAUUAAAUUUUUUUAAAGAAAAAAUAGUUAGUAAUUAAAAGCCUAAGAAUGCUAUGCAAUAUUCGCAGCGCUGUCAAAUUGACAACGCGAAAUAUUUCAUUACUGGGAAGAAGUAACAAAAAAUUUGAGAUAACAGAUAACACGGAGUUUGUAUCUAAAGUAAUGAAUAGUAAUAUACCGGUGAUAGUUAAUUUUCAUGCUGAAUGGUGUGAUCCUUGUAAAAUACUGACACCCAAACUAGAAAAGUUGAUUGGUCCGAUGGAAAAUCUUAAUCUUGCAAUAAUAGAUGUCGAGAGAAAUCCUGAAUUAGUUCAUACAUUUGAAGUCAAAGCUGUGCCUGCUGUGAUAGCUGUCUCAAAUGGUCUUGUUAUUGAUAAAUUUAUUGGUCUAGUUGAUGCCAAUAUGAUAGAAAGUUUAAUUAACAAGUUAACUGAAUCAACUGCUAAUACGUAUAAUAAGAAUUCGUAAUUUUUUAUUGUACUUGAUUUUCAUUUUUUUACACAACAAUUACAAUUAUUUUAUUCGAUAACAAAACUUGCCAUAGUGACUUAGUUCUGACAAUGUUAUGAUCGCAUACAGAGAAAAAAAUAUUAUUAAUGUCAACAGAUUUUCUUAAUUCGAUAAUUGUUUUUAUAAUAAAUAAUAUUUCGUACAGUAAAAACUUAUCGACAAAGAAUUCUUAUUUCUACUUCAAGUAAACAAAAAUUUUUUUAAUGAGUGGAUUGAUUCUUGAGACAAUAAUAAUUAUAGUCGUGAUAAUUGUCAAUAAAAAAAAGUCUCCAAUCAAGGAAUAUUUAUUAGUAAAAAUAUUAUUUUCUCAGUGCAUUUGUGUUUAUAUUUUCCGUGUUAAUUUUGUUAUAAUCUUUGUCUUUUAAACAUUAGCAUCGAAAUAUUAAAUUGUGUAAUUUAAUUUUUUUUUUUUUACUAAUUCAUUAUAUUGGAAUUAGUUCAUACAUUCUCAGAUUGUUGAUUUUUUUUAUUUUAUAUUUUAUAUUAUUUUAUUACCUGUAUAUAUUUUUUUUUGACGCCGAGUGAAUUUUUAAGAAUUUUCUUAUGUGCACAGAAAAAAUAACUUCUUGGCGCAAGAAAUAUUUUGCAUUAUGAAUUAAAGACAAAGUUUUUCUCGCUUAAAAAAAAUUUUUGUUUUAAAUUUAUAAUGCAACAAAUUUCUUGGGACGAGUAAAAAUUUUUUGCGUCAAGGAAUUUUUUUUUCUACGCAAUGAAACCGAAUAAUUUUUUAAAAAUAAAAAUAUUAAUUGACAAUACAAAAAAAAAAUAGAAAAUCUAAAUGACUAAUUAAUUAUUUAAUCGAUUGGAAAAAAUAAUUAUAUUGUUGUAAAGAAAAAUUUAUUGUAAAAGUGUAAUUAGUAAUGGGUAUUUUAGAAAUAAAUAUAAUUGUAAAAUUAUCUUGAUUGUUACAACCGAAAUUGAU